AUGCCUCCCACCAAGCCAGCCACAGCAGGCUCAAGGCUCGAAUCUCUCCCCGUCGAGAUCAUCCAGGAGAUCUUCCUGCACAGUCUGGAGGUCAACCUUCCGCGCGCAUCACCCCGUCUCGCGGAAGCCCUGUCCACGCCCGCGCUAUACACCUGGCUGAUCCGGCUCGCAUUCAGCAGCACCAACGCCAGCGCCGACCCCCACUUCUUCACAGAGGACUUCCUCCCGCGGCCCCUCGACUUCUUCGCCCUGUCCCCCGUGGAACGCAGAGACCUGCAGACCACCCUCCUGGCCUGCCGCUGGUGCACCCUCCCGCUCAUCCGGCAGUGCCAACGCGACUACCUCCGGCACACGAUCCACCAGAAAUGCCAGCCGGGGAGGGACUUCCUCUUCUCGCAGCAGGACGAAGCCACCCUCCUCUCGCUGGAGGAGCACCUCUCCCGCCUCAUCCACCAGGCCGGCCAAACCAGCCGCGCCAGCAGCCCAGGAAAAGGCGACCUAAUCCUCCCUGCCCACCCUAACCCCACCCCCAACCCAUCAACCACCCCCAAACCCCCCAAAAUAGCCCUCUACCUCCACCCCGGGGCCCUCCAAAUCCGCUCCCCAAACGACAUCUACUCCUCCAGCACCCCCUUCACCAGCACCACCACCUCCAGCUCCCCCAACACCUUCCGCCUCCCGACCUGCACCAUCCCCAGCCCCACCGGCACUCUCUCCGCACGCAUCCCCGACAAACUCCUAUCCGCCCCGUGGACGCCCCAGAAGCUCGAGUUUCUGGCCCUCUUAGCGCCGGACGCGUACCUCGACGACACGCCGGCGCACGACCGGUCGCGGCGCGCGCUGCGGCAGACGAUCCGGGCGCGGGAGUUCGACGCGUUCCAGACCCUGCUGAAGUUAAAGGUCCGCAUGCCCUGGUAUGAUUUCCCGGUGCCGUGGCCGGUCUCGGUGAAUCAUUUCUGCGCGGCGGUGAAGUAUGCUGAUGGCGUUGGGGAUGGGUUUGUGCGGGUGUUGGUGGAGGAGAGGUUGGGAUCGGGGAGAAGGUGA